UCUCUCUCUGCAAAAUUCUCCAAAGUUUAAACAUUUCAGUACUAUUUCUCUCUAAUCCAAAUCACAUUUUCCUCUAUUGCAAAUUCAAAUUCAGUGACAUAAAGUGAAAUUAAACCCACAAAAUUUAUUUAAACUAAAACCAUAUGGAUCCUUCAUAUAGAUUCAUUAAAGAGGAGUUUCCUACUGGAUUCAAUGAUUCUCAGUCACCACCAUCUUCUUAUCUCUACUCAACCUCCAUGGCCCCAAAUGAUCCAACAACAACACUAAGCUCUCCACAACCAUUAGAAGGUCUCCACGAAUCAGGCCCACCUCCAUUUCUUACAAAGACAUAUGAUUUGGUAGAAGAUUCAAGAACCAAUCAUAUCGUCUCUUGGAGCCAAGCCAAUAACAGCUUCAUCGUCUGGGAUCCACAAUCUUUUUCCAUGACUCUCCUUCCCAUCUUCUUCAAGCAUAAUAACUUCUCUAGCUUUGUUCGCCAGCUCAACACAUAUGGUUUCAGAAAGGUGAAUCCGGAUCGAUGGGAGUUUGCCAAUGAAGUAUUUCUUAGGGGGCAAAAGCAUCUCCUCAAGACAAUAAGGAGAAGAAAGACGAGUAACAACAAUCAAAUGCAACCACCUCAAUCAUCUUCUCAAGAACAAUCUCUUGACAAUUGUUGCAUAGAAGUUGGUAGGUAUGGUCUAGAUGGAGAGAUGGACAGCUUAAAGCGAGACAAACAAGUUCUGAUGAUGGAGCUGGUAAAGGUGAGACAGCAACAACAAAGCACCAAAAUGCAUCUCACAUUGUUAGAAGAGAAGCUCAAGAAGACUGAAUCAAAACAAAAGCAAAUGAUGAGCUUCCUUGCCCGCGCAAUGCAGAAUCCUGAUUUCCUUCAGCAACUCAUUGAGCAGAAAGAGAAGAGGAAGGAGAUAGAAGAAGAAAUCAGCAAGAAGAGACAAAGACCGAUCGAUCAAGGGAAAAGACAUGUGGUGUGUGUGGAAGACUAUGAUGAUGAUGGUGGUGGUGGUGGUUGUUAUGGAAGGUAUGGAAAGGAUGCUGGAUCCUCCUCGGCGUUUUUUGACAUGAAACAAGAAACAUAUGGAGACAUGUCAGAGUUAGAUAGACUUGCUAUGCACAUUCAGGGACUUGGAGAUCAGUCCAAUAGGGAGGAAGUGGUAUUGGAUGUGGAAAAAGCAAAAGACGAGGAACAGCAUAAAGAGAGGUACCAAGAGGAGAACAAGGAGAUUUAUGGUGAAGGAUUUUGGCAAGAUUUGGUAAAUGAAGGUCAAAAUUUUGAUUUUGAUGGAGAUGAAGAAAAUGUUGAUGUGCUAAUUGAGCAACUUGGUUAUUUGGGUUCUAGUUCACACUAA